UCUAAAACGAUUAUUUACUUUAAUAUUUAUAUUAAAAGACUGUAUAUAAUUGCAGGAGUUGCAUUUCCAGCAAAACUCCACUCUCUCUCUCUGAACCAACCAAGAACACGCACGAGGAACAGAGAAAAGGUGUUGCAGACAUUUUCUUCCCAAACUGUUGCACCGAAGCCAUCCUAGCAUAGCUCCACACCAUCAUAAUUCAGAGACUUUACUCUCGGGCCCCCAUGGCUUUCUUGCACAAUCUCCACAUGUGCAGGCGCAAUGCCGUCGCCGCCGUGGCAGGCGCCUCCUUCUUGCUGCUCAUCGUCGUCUUCUCCGUCUUCCUUGCCACGAGGCACGACUCGAUCGUCGACGCGCGGAUCUUUAGCGCUUCCACAAUCGCGGCGUCCUUCCUGCGCCCAGAAGAGCAGGGGAGCUGUCAGGAGCUGCAGUCGCUGCCGGAUAACGGCGCGAGGUGCCGGUACCUGUCGUCGCACCCGCCGUGCGCGCCGCGGGGUUACGUCGACUACCUGCGGCUCUUCUACUGCGGCUUCGGGCGGGCGCCGUGGCUGGGCGGGGCCGCGCUCGCGCUGUGGCUGCUCGUGCUCUUGUACCUCCUCGGCGACACGGCGUCCGAGUACUUCUGCGCCUCGCUCGAGGGGCUCUCCGCCGCGCUGCGGCUGCCGCCGGCCAUCGCGGGCGUCACGCUCCUCUCCCUGGGCAACGGCGCGCCGGACGUGCUCUCCAGCGUCGUGGCCUUCUCCGCCACCGGUGGCAGCGGCGGCGACGCCGGGGACGUGGGGCUCAGCAGCGCGCUCGGCGGCGCGCUGUUCGUGUCCACGGUCGUCGCCGGCGUGGUCGCCAUCGCCGCCGGGAGCCGAGGAGCUGCGGUGAUCGAGCGAUGCGGGUUCGUGCGCGACGUGUGCUUCCUCCUGGUGGCGCUGUGCUACCUCCUCGCCGUGCUGCUCACCGGCACCGUCACCGUCUGGGCCGCCGCGUCGUUCCUCUCCCUCUACGCCGCCUACGUCCUCCUCGUCUGGACCUCCCACUGCUGCGUCGCCACCGCCGCCGACAAGCUGGAUCGGGACAGCAAGCCCGCGCCGUCCGAGCUCGCCGCCCCUCUACUCCUCGACGUUACCGACGUGCCUCCUUCCCUUCCUGUCCCCUCCAAGCCCACUGCAACGCCACCGCCAAGAACCUUGUCUCGCCGCGUCCUGGACGCGCUCCAGUGGCCGCUGUACCUCCCUCGCCGCGUCACCAUCCCGGACAUCGCCGCGCACCGCUGGUCCAAGCCCUACGCCGUGGCCUCCGCGCUCCUCGCCCCUCUCCUUCUCGCCGCCACAUCCUCUCCCUCCAGCCCCGCCGUCCUACUCUCGGGCUUCCUCGCAGGCGCGCUCCUCGCGGCCGGCGCGGCCGGCGCCACAGCCGCCUCCGGCCCGCCCCAAACCCGCUGCGCCCGCCUCCCGUGGCUCGCCGGCGGGUUCCUGAUGUCCAUGCUCUGGUCGUACAUGCUGGCGCGCGAGCUGGUGGCCCUCCUGGUCUCCAUCGGCAGCGUGGCCGGCGUGAAGGCGAGCGUCCUUGGCGCGACGGUGCUCGCGUGGGGCAACUCGCUAGGGGACCUGGUGGCCGACGUGGCCAUGGCCAUGCACGGUGGGGCCCAGACGGCGGUGUCCGGGUGCUACGCGGGCCCGGCGUUCAACACGGUGGUGGGGCUCGGGCUGUCGCUGACGCUGGCGGCCGGGGCCCGCCACCCCGAGCCGUACGCCAUCCCGGUGGACGCGUCCGUGUACCAGGCGGUGGGAUUCCUUGCGGCGGGAUUGGUGUGGGCUCUGGUGGUGCUGCCCGCGAGGGGGAUGAAGCUGGACAGGGUGCUCGGGGUGGGCCUGCUCGUCGUCUACCUCUGCUUCCUCUGCGUUAGGCUAGGCUCUCUCAGAUCACUCACUUCACCAUCUUGUUAGGCUUCUUUGGGAUUGGCUGAUGUGACUGUUAACUGUUACAUACACACAUGCAGGCAUUGCCAACCUCUCUUACUCCUCUCUCUUUCAAAAUUAAAUAUACAUAUACAUUCCAAUAAAAAAACACUACCAUUGUUGGCA